UACCAUUCCGCUCUGACUCACCCUCCUCACCUAUCUCUCUCCCUCUCUCUCUCUCUCUCUCUCUCUCUCUCUCUCAAAGCUACUUUUCCCAGCUCUCUUGUGAACGAUAUAUAAAUAUGGCGUGCUAGGCUCGGGCAACUUGCUUGCGCAGAGAGAGAGAGAGAGAGAGGCAGAGAGAAUUGGCAAGCCAUAUAUACAACCACAGAGAGUGGCCGGAAGAUCAGUCCAGAGAUGGGUGAUCAGGUAGUAGUUGAAGACUGUACUUUGUCACCAACCGGCGGCGACGUGCCGGCCGUGGCGGCCCCUCCCGUGCAGUCGACGCAGUACAAUUCGCCCUCUCUCUCUAGGAAGCCAUUGCUGAACAUCGAACAACCGAGCGCUCCGGCGACCAACUCGAUAGUUCCGAGAAGCGCCGGCCGGACGCCGAACUUCCUGACCCCAAACUUCCUGACGCCGCUGGCAAGCCCAAUCCGGAGAGCCAUCAAGCUCACCAAGCUUGACCAUAACGACGCCUGGCUGCCCAUCACCGAGUCCAGAAAUGGCAACGCUUACUAUGCCGCUUUCCACACUCUUUGCUCAGCAAUUGGCAGCCAGGCUCUUGUGCUCCCCGUUGCCUUCACUGUUCUAGGAUGGGCAUGGGGCGUAAUUAGUUUGACAGUGGCAUUCGUUUGGCAGCUCUACACCAUGAGAAUCCUGGUGAGGCUUCAUGAAUCUACUGAAACAGGAAUGCGUUACAGCCGAUAUCUCCAGUUGUUCAGCGCCAUUUUCGGCGAAAAGAUGGCCAACAUAUUUGCGGCCUUCCCAAUCAUGUACUUGUCGGGGGGAACCUGCGUGGCGCUCAUCGUCAUCGGCGGCUCAACCAUGAAGAUCUUCUACCAGAUCGUGUGCGGCGAAUCCUGCCCCAAUCCCAAGCCCUUGACCGCCGUGGAGUGGUACUUGGUCUUCACCUGCGCCGCCGUGGUGCUGUCUCAGCUGCCCAACUUGAACUCCAUCGCCGGCGUCUCGCUGGUCGGCGCCGUCACGGCCGUCGGCUACUGCACAAUCAUGUGGAUUGUGUCGGUCGACGAGGGCAGGAUUGACGGCGUGUCCUACGAUCGGGUUAGGCCUAAUGACAACGUUGUUUGGUUGUUUGGCAUUCUGAAUUCCAUCGGGAUCAUCGCUUUUUCUUUCAGGGGCCAUAAUCUUACUCUUGAAAUUCAGGCGACAAUGCCUUCAAGUGAAAAACACCCAUCUCAUGUCCCAAUGUGGAGAGGGGUCAAAGUAGCAUAUGUGAUCGUUGCGCUGUGUUUGUUUCCCCUCGCUAUUGCAGGAUAUUGGGCUUAUGGCAAAGAGAUACCUGAAAACGGCGGAAUGCUGCCGGCGAUAUACGUGUACCACGGCCGCGAUACAUUACCGUCCAUAUUGGGGAUGAUGUGCUUGUUCAUCAUCAUCAACGCCGUCAGUUCCUUCCAGAUCUACGCCAUGCAGAUGUUCGACGACAUGGAGCUGAAGCUCACUGCCAGGAUCAAGAAGCCCUGCCCCUGGUGGCUCAGGGUAAUCUCCCGGGCGAUGUUUGGAUACGGCUGCUUCUUCAUGGCCGUCGCUAUCCCUUUCCUGGGCAGCAUAGCCGGCUUAAUCGGUGGGAUAGCGUUGCCGGUGACAUUCGCCUAUCCCUGUUUCAUGUGGCUCAAGAUUAAGAAGCCCAAGAAGCAUAGCUUCAUGUGGUGGCUGAAUUGGGGAUUGGGAAUCCUGGGUUCCAUUCUGAGUGUUCUGGCCAUUGCGUCUGGGAUUUAUGUUAUGAUUGAUACCGGGAUUAAAGUAAGCUUCUUCAAGCCUCAGUGAGACCAUUCACAUGAGGAGCAGGUUCUGAUUGGCGAGGGCUUGUUUGGAUGUGUGGAUUAAUGAUCAAGAGGGAGCCAUUAAUUAUUGUUUUCUUUCUCUUUUUUUUUUUCUUUUUUCUUUUUUUUUCUAGUGUGUUAAUACAUGGUUGUAACAAUUAAUUAAUAGUGCUCCUAAUUAAUCGAUUCCUAUUUUAUCUA